AUGGCAUAUGAAAUGCGGAACACCCAAGGACAGGUGUGCCGAGCCCAAUACCGGAGCGGGUGGUGCCUUCAAGGCUGUCGGAAAUUAAUUCGCUCCCAUUGGAUGACUCGGGAAGUUGUUUUGAAGCUGCGGUCAGUCAAGCAAACAGAGGCGCCAGCGUCAAAGAAUAGAACUGCCAACCGAGCCCCGUCGCUGCUUAUUCUUCGCCGUCUCACAGCUUGGAAUAAUCCUCGUCGACGCCUGGGAGACGACACGCGACCAGCCAAUGGACAACGGCGAAUGGAGCUGACUAAUCCAAUUAGUCACGUGACAACACAGCCCUAUGCCGCUGGCCCUAGAUUCCCGUUUUUGGAAUGGCGGGUGUUUGGGCCACCCCUUAAUGAACGUCGCGUUCCAGACGGGCGACGGUGGCUCUGGAAAACCAGCUUCCUGCAGUCUUCCAGGAUCGGCUUUUAG